AUCACUAUGAUGAUGAAAUAACGGCAAAAACGCGGUUGGAUCCAAAAAAAAAAUAGUUUCAGUGAAAAAUUGGAUUAAAGGAGUUGAUUUGCGGUGAUUUCUGAUAAAUUUUGUGAAAUACUUACAAGGAGGAAAGGUGUCGAAAAGGGUUCAAUUCAAAAGGAAAAAGUUCAAAGAAAAAUUUCGUCUUUCUACGCAUUUUGUUGCAGUUCUGAGAAAUUAAUAGUACUGCAAUGGACACGAUAGAGCCAGGGGAAGUACCGUUGGAAGGCCAUAAGAUGUGCGGUGAGGAUGAUGAGAAUUUGAAGGAAAAGAAGGAAAUGAGUCCUUCAAACGUAAAAGAAAAUUCCGGGAAGAUUGAUCAUCAGAAGGAUGUUCAGAGCGAUGGAGCUGCAGGGGAUGUUCCAACCCAUCCUGCGAAUGCUUCCGGAUCUGCUGAAGCACCUCAAGAUUCUGCAAGUCAGAACAAUGUGAGGCCCUUAAGAAUUUCCAAGUAUGCCUCCCGAAAAUUCUCCCUUAAUGAACUCGAGGGAAUUCUGGCAUUGGAUACCUUCUCGGCAUUUUUGAGUAUCAUGAGUGAUGUGUUAAAAUUCGAAAACACCGUUCUGGAAGAUGGAAAAUCCCACGAAACCAUCAUCAUGCUCAUCCUGAUUCUGGGAAAGCUCCACAAAGUCCCUCUUCGGCAUCACCUAAAGGAACUCACCAAUAGAAUCUUUGGCCACAACGCCACCUUUCGCAACGAUAUUAUGAUCUAUGUGAAGUAUGCUGCUAAUCUUGAGGAGCAUAAUGAACCGAAUCCCCUUCCCCGAGCUGACCAAGUUUGGGCAAGUUUGGAAACCUUCUGUAGGUACGCAAAGAGAUUUCAGGAGUCCAAAAAUUGCUGGAUUUCAUGCACUCGAGGACUCUGCCGAAUUCUCGAUGGGAAGACCCACAGAACCCUCGUGAAGAUGCGCGUGAAGCUCACAAAGCUCCUUGAGAAAUUGGAGAAUAAUUAUUUCUACAAAGGGACACUCUAUGCCAGUGUUCAGGACAUGAAAAGGAAGCCAGAGUAUGUCCUUCCAAAGAUUAAAAAUGGAAAGUUCGAAGGAAUUGGUGAUUUCUUGGAAUAUCACAUCCUACAUGGAAGAGCUUUUUUCCUGGGGCAUCUCCUUGAUGGCCUUCAGGGGUACAGAGAGUUGGAUGAGGAGCAGAAGAACGGGGUUCUCCUGAAGGAUGUCAAUGGCUCUAAUAUUUUCCCAUGCGUGAGGAUUUUUCCGCAUUAUCCGCCUUUUAUGGAAAUGGGGAAGAAACUUUUCCUCAUGGAUUUGGCGCCAAAUAAACGAACCUUUGGGAGGCUGCCCAAGGAUGUCAGGGAGGAAGUUACAGAGGAGAAGUUGCGUCUGGGAAAUAUGGUUCCGCUCUUCCUCUCAACAUCGUCAGAAUUCAAUGACAUCAUUGUUGCUGUAGUUCCACACGUUCCGGAAAGAGCCAGGGAACAGGGUUUCGUCAUUAUUGACAUUGUCUACAUGGAGAAUGUUAAGGAGAGUAUUUUCAACAAGGAUCUCUUUCUCCUAACAAUUCCCUGCAAAUUUGUAACAAAAUACUUUACGCUGGAAUUUCUGGAGAAGAUCUCCUCCGCAACAUUUCCAAUGAAGGAAUUCUUCAUUGAUUGCGAAGAAUCAACCAAUAUUGCGGGGAAUGUUGAUUUCACUGCUGAGCUGGCAAAUGACGCCUCCCUGCAGUUGAUGGAUCAAGAGCAAUUGAAAGCACUUGAGAUGGGUCUCAAGAAGAGAUUGACCAUAAUUCAUGGACCUCCUGGCACGGGAAAGACUGCGGUUGCUGUAAAAAUUGCAGAAUGUCUCUUGGUUGAUCCAUCAACGAGAAUCCUCCUUGUAAGUCAUAAAAAUUGGGUUUUGGACAGGAUGACACUGAAAUUUUCAUCUCUCACCGAUGAAAUUGUCCGGAUUGGAACAUUUAUUCAUGAUCCGGAGAUUGAGAAGUUCACCUUGAGUCCCAUUGAAACGGACUUGAAGUAUGGACGCGUUAAGAGCAAUGCAUACAACCAGUGUGUGAGUGCGAAGAAGGAUUUCGUUGAUGCGAUGGAAAGCUUCAAGGUUCGUGGAGAAGAAGCUGCGGAAGACGUCCGGGAGACUCUUCGUAUCCACCGUGAGGCGAUUGAUAAGUUUGAUCAAAUUUAUCGAAUGUGGAUGUACUUUGGAUGCCAGGAUAAGCGUAUUUUGGCCAUGACUACAACUGCAACGGCAAAAUAUCACGAUCUUGUGGAAUUGCUUUGUCCUACAGUUGUGAUUUUUGAUGAAGUUUCGGAAGUAUCUGAAGCGCGUAUUGUUAAUUCACUAACAGAGGAUGUGCAACAACUGAUCCUGAUUGGAGAUAUUAAUCUUCAGGAGGAGCAUUGGCGCGAAUGUAACCUGGAAAUGGGCGCCGAAUGUACCAAAUUGAAUCUCUUCGCCAGAAUGAUUGAUAAUGGAUUGAAUAAUGUCCGGUUGAGCAUGCAGUAUCGAAUGCAUCCCGAGAUUGCUGACUUGGUGCGUGGGACCCUCUACGAUGAUUACCACGAUGCUGAAGUGGUUAAGAGCUACGAACCAAUUCGUGGGGUACAACAGAGAAUUUUCUGUGUUACUCAUGAAAAUCUCAGCGCGCUUCCGGAUGAAGAGAUUGCGUUUCUUCGAAAGAAAUUUCCCCCCAAAGACCCCAAUGGUGAUUCGUUGCAAUCAAAGGAGGAUUUUUAUCAAAAUCUCUUCUGUCUCGGCUUGGCGAGUUAUCUUCGUCAGCAAAAUUACCAGCCCAAUGAGAUUGUCCUCUUGACAAUGGAAGAUGAGAAUGCGGAUGCAAUGCUUUCACUUUUGGACCAUUUUCCACUUCUCAGAGAUGUUGAAGUUAGCACGAAAGUUGGCUUCCAGUGCAGUGAGGCGCGUAUUGUGAUCUUCUUCGCAGGGCAUGUUAAGUUAUUUAAUGAAUAUGUUUGCGUCUGCAUGACCAGAGCAAAAGAAGGCCUAUACAUCGUGAACAGAUUGAAGGACUCCGAAGAAGAGGAAAAGAAAAAUGAUCCAGCUGCAAAGGAAUUUCGCGCAUGGAAUGAAAUAAUGGAAAAACUAAAGGCUAAAGGAGCAACAGGUUCGGGUAUUCCACUAAAGUGCGAGAAGCACAAUGAGGAGAUGAUUGCAAGUGGAAUUGAGGAUUUUCUCAAACUGAAUGAAGAGGGUUGUCCAAAAGGUGCUGCUGUGCCCAAGACGAAUCCUUGCUUUGAUGAUGUACAAAAUGCAGAUUAACAGCUGCUGGUGUGGGGAAGUCGUGCAUCGGAGGCCGUGGUGCAGGAUCAUCCCCAGGAGCCAUUGGUGGUGUUGGCGUAAUAUCAGCUUGAUCAGCUGAAAAAAAAUAAAGCAAAAAUUGAAUUGGUAAGCUGAUUCACUUAAUUUUUAUUCAAAUAACGAAAUAAUUUGAAUAGUUUUCUGAAGUUUUUAAAAUGAAUUUGAAAUGUGAAUUUUUCAAGAAAAACUUUAUUCUCUUAAAAUACAUAUACUUAAUGAAAAAAAAAAAACAAAUAAAAAAUGUGGUUUAA